AUGGCUAGACUGGACUACCUUCAGUAUAAGCUGCACGAAAUGGAGCUCGGACGGAAGGAGCGCGACGAAGAGGUUACGGAGAAGCUGACCAAACUGGAGAACUCGCUCACCGGCGUUCAGUGGGCGAUCAAUCGACACGAUCGGGAUGCUGGAUACAACCUAACUGUGUUGAGUGUGCAGUCUCGCAAGAUUAUGGCUCAGCAAACGGCGUGUGCAAACCACGAACAGAUGCGCAAGGAAAUUCAACUCCUCUCAAAUAAAACCUCGUUAUACUUCCAAAUGAAAGGACAUUUCAAAUCGUGCAAGGAGGCACCUGCGGGUAUGUCUGGAGUCUAUCGGAUUCAACGGGCUGAGAACCAACUCCCGUUUGAAGCAUUUUGUGAGCAGAACAGUUUCGGAGGCGGAUGGCUAGUCAUCCAGUAUCGGUUCAAUGGAGCGCUGGACUUCAAUCGCGACUGGGCUGAGUAUGAAAAUGGAUUUGGGAGUUUGAAUCAGGAGUUCUGGUUUGGAUUGGCCAAGAUUCAUCAAUUGACUACCGAGAGAUCGCACGAGCUGGUAGUAGAGUUUAAAGACUUCAAUCAAACGUACAAAUAUGCGCGUUAUAAGGAGUUCGCGAUAGGAAAUUCCACUGAACAAUAUAACCUUAAGACAGUGGGAGCCUAUGAGGGCACAGGAGGGGACGCAUUGCACAAUCAAACAUAUCACAGCUGCCGGCGCUCAAGCGAACCGGCAACCGCAAGGCGUUCUCCUUCCGGUACCGCCAUCAACUUCCUGUGCAUCGAGCUGCCACGUGCAUGA